ACAGACCUGUGGAGUUCAGGUGUAGCCCCGAUGUCGCUCCUCAGUCUGACCGCCCACUGGAUAGACUCCAGUUUUACUUUGCACAACGUGGUGCUACAUGCAAGUGAGCUGCGUGGCUCUCACACUUCAAUGCGUAUCCGGAAUGAUAUAGAAGAGAUGCUCGCCAAGUGGGACAUCGAUAAUGACAAGGUGCAUGUUGUUAUGAGGGACAACGCCGCCAACAUGAAUAAGGCAUUUGCAGACAUGGGGGUGCAGAGCCUGGGCUGUUUCGCACACACACGCCAACUCGUGGUCAUCCAAGGCCUUCUCGCCCAGCGAAGCAUCAUCGAUGCUGUCGCCAACGCACGGCAGCUUGUGGGUCAUUUUAAGCAUUCCCCAAAGGCCUACUCCAUCCUCGAAGACAUUCAGAAAGACCUGCACAUGCCAACACAACGACUCCAGCAGGACGUGUCAGUCAGAUGGAACAGUACUCAGUACAUGAUGCUGAGCCUUCUUCAGCAAAAGUGGCCGCUCAGUGUCUAUGCAGCGGACCACGACCUUCCAUGCAUGCCCUCUGCCAACCAAUGGGCGCUUAUGGAGAAGGCAGUUGUGGUCUUGAGUCCAUUUGAAGAGCUGACAAGGGCAGUGAGUGCUGCGACUGGAAGUGCCGCGGAUGUGAUCCCUGCAAUAACUGUCCUCAAGCGUCAUCUUUCCCGUGAAGAGAGCACAGAUGCUGGAAUCAAGACUAUGAAGAGAACACUUCUUGAGGCUGUCACUGAGCGCUUCGACUACGCUGAGACUGAACCAAUCUACUCCGUUGCUACAUUGGUUGACCCAAGAUACAAAGAUAGAUUCUUCACAAGUCCAGACCACCAGGAGCUUGCCAAGGAGGCUCUCAUUAGAGAGGUGGAGAUCAUGGAGAGAAAGAGGAAGGCUGGCAGUGAGGUGUCUGCAGAAGAGCCUCCAAGAAAGUCACCACGUCGAGGCGGUGUAGGCUGUGCAGCUGCAAACAGCAGCUUUGUCAGUCUAUAUGACGAGAUCUUGGAGGGGAAUGUGGUGGAGUCGAGGCCUGUGAGUACGUCAGCAGUCGUCACUCAGGUGGAGGCCUACCUGGCUGAACAAACCAUCCCAAGGUCAGAGAAUCCUCUACACUACUGGCGGGCACAUGCUACACAGCGACCCGCACUGGCUGAUACAGCCAUGAAGUUUCUUUGUGCACCUUGUACAUCGGUGGACAGUGAGAGACUGUUUAGUGCAGUGUCAAAUGUCCUUGAUGAAAAAAGGAACCGGUUGACAGCCGAUAAGGUGCAGGUGUUGGUUUUCAUUAAAAAAAACCUGCAGUACACUUUGAAGAAGUCAGUGCAGUAGAUUAAGAUGGAGGAAAUAAGGAGCUCUAUUACACUGUAAAAAUGUUUAUGUUUAAGUUUAGUGAUUACAUGUCUCUGAGAUCCCUUAAUUACCCACACUGUGAAAAAUAAUAAGUUCAGUUUACUUGAAAAAAGGGUGGAAACUCGUUGUCUCAAAUAAGUAACCAAAACUUUGUGUACGUUUACUUUAUGUGUACAAUUAUUGCAAAGAUUUUUAAGUUAUGGUUACUUACUUCCAAGAAGUAAAGUUUAGUGAAGCUUACUUGUAUUUACUGCUGUUAAAUGAGUAACCUUUUGAGUUGUAAAGGGUACUUUAUGUUGGAUAGUAAAGUUUUUUUUAAAAUUAUUAUUGCAAAAAAAAUGCUCUUAUUUGUGAUAGUGAGAGAAUA